AAUUGUUAAUAGAAAAGUUCCGUAUAUAUAUAUAUAUACCAUCUUUUUACCCAUUGCUCGUGUUUACGCAAUCAUCACUCUCUUCUUGAUAAUAAAUAAAAUUAGGGUUUUGAGGCUCUCUCGUUUGGUCCUACCCUACAGCCAUGGGAGGAGGUAACGGCCAAAAGGCAAAGAUGGCUCGCGAGAGGAACCUCGAGAAGCAGAAGAAUGCUGGCAAAGGUAGCCAGCUUGAAACUAAUAAGAAAGCCAUGUCGAUCCAGUGCAAGGUGUGCAUGCAAACAUUUAUCUGCACCACAUCAGAGGUGAAGUGCAGGGAGCAUGCUGAAGCUAAACACCCUAAAUCUGACGUCCUUGUUUGUUUUCCUCAUCUUAAUAAGUAAACAUGAGGGAAAGGCAUGAUCAAACCUUAUAUCAUAUUAUAUAUGGAUCCUCGGUUUCUAGUGUCAAAUGCGUCUGUGUUUGUCUUGGGGGCUAGGGAUAAAUGAAAGGGAAUAAUUAGUGUUUUUCCCUUGCAGAAGUGUGAAAAACUGUUAAUUUUCUCUCGUCAAAGUGUAACUGUUUAAUGGUCAUUAGUGUUGAUAAUUAAUAUUAAGUCUUAUAAAAAUAUGGAAUUAAUAAAUGACUGAUUCUAUCAUUA